AUGGCAGCGCCCAACCGGUGGGGCGGGGGGGGGGGGGGGGGUGGCAGCGGCUGGAAGAAGACCGUCAUCCGCCGGAUCGAGCAGGACGAUGCCCCGCACGUCUGCUUCUCCAAGGGCCGCGUGGGGUUUUUCAGCAAGGCGAGCGAUCUAGCGGUCCUGACCGGCACCCAGGUGGCCGCUCUCACCUUCUCGCCCGACGACAAUGCCUUCUCCUUCAGCCACCCCUCCACCGACACCGUCGUGGAACGCUUCCUGGUGGGGGCUGGCGCGAGGGAGGAGGCUGCCAUCGAAGAUUAGAAGAUGGAGAAGCUGCACGAGGAGUUCCACGAGCUGCGCACGGACCUAGUCAAGGUGAAGAAGCAGACAGAGCGCGAGGAAGUCACAGCGAAGCAGCGUGACGCGGGGGAGCCGAUAGCGGCUUGGGUUGACCCGAACGUGCGCGACAUGGGGAACGAGGACUUGGUGGCCUUCUUUGCCGCGCUGAUGCACGUGAAUGACGUCAUCUCUGAAUGCCCCAACCAGGUUCUCUUUCGCGUCGACGUGAGCCGCACGGAGGAGCAACAGAUGUUGAUGGGGCUGCCUCCUGCACAGGCGUUCACCGCCGGGAUGGAUAGGCAGGAGAUGCCUCCACCGUUGGUGUUCGCCGCGGGUAUGGAAAUGGAGGAGAUGCAGAUGGUGAUACCUCAGCCGCUAGGAUUCGAUGAUGAGAUGGGGAUGCCUCCGCCACCAGAGAUCACUGCUGGGCUGGAGACGAAUGUCGGCUUCCCGUUCCCGUACUGA